AUGGCGGAGAUGAUGACGAGCGACCUCCCGCACCAGGAGGACCACCACAGCCCGACGAGAGAGCUCACCGAGAAGGAAACAGAGAGCGAACGCGGCGUCGAGCCUGUGGUCCCGCGCUUAGACCCGCCAAAGGCAGAGGGGGUUCCUCGCGCAGACGGAAAGCGUGAACUGACGGAAAAUGACUGCUACGACAAGCUAGCCUACUGCUGGCCGCGGUGGAAGAAAUGGAUGUAUCUCGCGUCGGUCGCGGCCGUCCAAGUCUCCAUGAACUUCAACACGUCCGUGUUCCCCAAUGCCGUGAGGCCCCUGUCGACGGCGUUUCACAUCGGUCCGCAGGAGGCCAGAGUAGGGCAGAUGAUCUAUCUCGUUACCUAUUCCAUCGGGUGUGAGCUGUGGGCGCCGUGGAGCGAGGAAUUCGGUCGCUGGCCGAUUCUUCAGCUGUCCAUGUUUCUUAUUAACAUCUGGCAGAUUCCCGCGGCCUUGGCUCCCAAUUGGGGGACCAUCGUCGUUGCUCGUGGGCUGGUUAGUUCUCGUUCUCCCGCAUUGAGAGGAAGCGCAGUCGCUCGAGUUGACCAUGGAAUGCUGAUGGAAUUGGCACGACCCAGGGGGGCGUUUCUACCGCCGGUGGCAGUGUCACGCUGGGACUCAUUGCCGACCUCUACGAAGCCGAAACGCAGCAGUUUCCCCUUGCCUUCAUCGUCCUCUCCUCUGCCAUCGGGACAAGCAUUGGGGGUGUGA